AUGACUCUCGAAUCAGGCAAUUCUAGCAGCCCUUUCAUUUUCGAGCGCCUCGACGUCAAUAAUACUGCGCUCCUCAUCGUCGAUCACCAAGUUGGCCUUGUACCUCUAGUUCGUGACUAUCAGCCAGAUGAGUUUAGAAACAACCUUCUCGCCCAUGCUGCCAUCGGAAAUGUGUUCAAUCUACCGACGGUUCUUUCCUCCACCUCGGAGACAGGACCCAAUGGACCCCUCAUUCCCGAAAUCGUUGCAAUGCAUCCGACCGCCCCAUAUAUCAAGCGACAGGGAGUCAUUGAUGCUUGGGAUGACCCAAACUUCCGUGCAGCCGUUCAAGCAACUGGGAAGCAGCAACUCAUCCUUGCUGGUAUCACAACUGAUGUUUGCGCUACCUUCUUAGCCCUCUCCCUCCGUCAAGAAGGAUACAGUGUAUUUGUCAAUGCUCAAGCAUCUGGCGCCGCGUCCGCUGUAGUCGCAGAAGAUGCCAAGGCACGCAUGCGCGAUGCCGGUGUCUACGUCGUUUCCCCAUACGCUAUAGUUUCGGAUUUGCUCAGGACUUGGGCGAAUAAUUCCUACAACGUACAGACGAUAGGAUGGGAUUUUGCGUACUGGUCCCUCCGUGGUUUCAUGACGGAUGCCCAUGCUGCCGCUAUAAAAAAUGGCACACUCGUUCCAGGAGAAUUGGACUUCAACUAG